GGGGAUUUCUUCUGCUCACCAUAACAAACAAUCAUUUUCUCACCAUAACGAAGAAGGAGAAACAGAGAAACGAGAAUGAGGUUCCUCGUCGGCUUCACUGUUUUACUUACCUCCGUCAUCGCUCUCUUAAUCUACGGCGCCACUUCACCGGCGAAUCUUACCGGCGACGAUUUCAAGUUCCCUGCCCCUUCUAUCAUCCGCGUCUUCUUCAACGGCGCCAGUUCACCGGCGAAUCUUACCGAUCGAACAUACUCGCUCCACUACGACUACUACUGUGAAUCUUGCCCCAGCGUUACCGCUCCUUCUAUCAUCCGCGUCUUCUUCACUCUUACCGGCGAUGAUUUCAACUUCCCUGCUCCGUCUAUCAUCCGCGUCUUCUUCAACGGCGCCAGUUCACCGGCGAAUCUUACCGGCGAUGAUUUCAAGUUCCCUGCUCCGUCUACCAUCCGCGUCUUCUUCAACGGCGCCAGUUCACCGGCGAAUCUUACCGAUCGAGCUUUCUCGCUCCACUACGACUACUACCGUGAUUCUUGCCCCAGCGUUACCGCUCCGUCGAUCAUCCGCGUCCUCUUCUCCGAUUGCUUCAUUGAGGGAUUCGCAGAUGAAACACUCUCUACUGAGAACAAUGCAUCUCCAAACCUUUCCUUGAAAGGGUUUGAUGUUAUUGACGCCAUUAAGUCUGAGCGGGAGUAUGUUUCUCCUGGAGGUCUUUCCUGUGCCGAGCUUCCUGUCUUUCUCGAGCUUCCUCUCUUCCCUGCUAGAGAAGCCGCCCUAGUGGCUGGUACUCGAGUAUAUCGUCUGGUGACUGUAAGAAAAUUCAGUGCAGUGGCCUUCAAGCUUCCUGCACCACAGGCUACUCUCUCUCUCCUUCUUGCAAGUGCUGCUUCCAGAGUAUUCAGCGAGAGAGAAACCGUCAUUUUAUCCGGUGCUCACAGCUUAGGCAUUAAGCACUGCACUUUUUUUGAGAACAGCCUCUACAACUUCUCAGGAACCGGGAAGCCUGACACUGAGCUAGCGGAUGCUUGUCUAGGAGUUGUUUCCUGUUCCAGCCUUGUCCUGGGUGCUAGAGAAGCCGGCCUUCUGGGAUUCGCAGAUGAAACACUUGCUACUGAGAGCAAAUCAUCUCCAAACCUUUCCUUGAAAGGGUUUGAUGUUAUUGACGCCAUUAAGUCUGAGCGGGAGUAUGUUUCUCCUGGAGGUCUUUACUGUGCCGAGCCUCCUGUCUUUUUCGAGCCUCCUGUCUUUCGCAAGUUUCCUCGCUUCCCUGCUAGAGAAGCCGCCCUAGUGGCUGAUCCUCGAGCAUAUCCUCUGGUGACUGUAAGAAAAAACAUGUUGAUUGUUUCGGCUGUGUUAGCUGCAUCGGUUUGGGCUGUGUUAGCUGCAUCGGGAAUGCUGGGAGUAGGAUAUGUUUGGAUCAAAUUUCAGAGAUGGUUAAGCUCCUAUCGUAGAGAUAUGAAUGCUUUUUCCAAACAUUUGGAUGAAAAGAUAAAUGAGGCGGCGCUCAAACUUGAUGAAAUAGGCAGAGAUGCCGAACAGACAAGAAAUGUGGUUGCUGAUAUAAAUAGUCAGAUCAGGGAUUUGCGUGAAGAAAUGAGAGCUGGUUUUGCACAAGUGGCCGAUAGAGGUGAUCAACAGUUGAUUUUGGACAUUCUGUCUCAUAUCUCUUCACAAAUUGGUGUAGACGUCCAACAUUUGGCAGGUGGAGGCGGUGACGUCCAGCCUGUGGCGCAUGGAGGCGGUGACGUCCAGCCUGUGGCGCAUGGAGGCGGUGACGUCCAGCCUGUGGCGCAUGGAGGCGGUGACGUCCAGCCUGUGGCGCAUGGAGGCCGUAUCUUGACUAUUACCCAGGGAAUAAGAUCUGUCUUACCAAGAAUCUUCGGUCGUCAGCAUUAGCGACUUAUAUGUUACGCAAGUCCGUCCAGUUUGUUGUCGAAUGAAUUCUUGGACUUGUUUCUGGUCAUAUGAUUUGCUGAACGGUUGUUCAUAGUUGAGGAUUCUUCUAAGUUUGAGAUUGUCUGCAUUUUUUUUUGCAAAAUUGAGGUGAUUAGAGUAAAAUGUGUGGUGAAGG